GUGUGCCUCUCAGGUUCUCACAGUCCCACUCCCACUGUCAGUGUCACCACUCACCUCCUACACCUCUACUCUUUUCUCGCGUCACUACCCUCACCCUCAGGCGUGAUCCCUGAGAAGGGAGCCCCACGUUCCCCGGGCCGCCCCUCCCCAGCUGGAUCAUAACAACAACAUGACGCCAACCCAAUGGCUGGCGAUACCCACGGAAAUAAGACUAGCGGAACUUACCCCGCGAGUCUCCUCCUCCCGCAUUGACACCACGGAGAGCUCCACCGUGUAUGUCAACGGCAAGAAGAUCAUAGUGAAGCAGGAAGAAUUGCUGGCCACAGAGAUAAAUGACACAGCGGCCUCCAACGUGAUUCUGUACCCAAUGAAGAACCGUGCAUUGGAAGGAGUGGACUUGGAGUGGCACACGCCAUCGCUGCCCACGUCCAGCUCACAGACAGACGUUAUGAUUGUCACCUCAAAGCCAAAGAAUCCAGAUUACAAGGUCCACGAAAACAUUAUUGCCACCAAGCGCAGCCGGCCAGUAAACUUCAAGCUGCAGCAGGUGAAGCCAGGUGUGGAGGUGUCCAUCACCCUCACCUACCAGGGCCACAUCUACGGCGACGAGCCUGUCAAGCGCUGCAAGAAGCACGAUGAGUGCACCUGGUGCAAGGAGCACAAGUUCAACGAGGGAUUUUGUCUCAUCAGCAAGUUCCAUAGAUAUGAUCUGGACUUCAAGGGGCACCCUGUGGCCAUCCUCACUCCCCUCGCCGACCACCUGGAUGUGGAUGGCACUGCGGAGUUCUCGGUGGUGUUUGCCUGCUGGAACUCCUGUGACAUCCACGUGCGGUACGGCAAGGACAUGGUGUUGCACAUCGACAUCAUGCAGGACGGAAAGGUGAAGAAGGUGGAGUACACAGUGCAGUGUUGCCAGAACCUGUUGAGAGACGCCUUCAAGGAUAGGAAGAGGAAGCUGCUCUCCCACUCCGAGAAUACCACAGAGAGGUCCUCCAAGGCUGCCGUUGCCUCUAAAACUUCCAGCGCCACCUCCAAAGCAGCGGUGCCAUCCUCAAAGAAGGCCAUUGUCACCUCACCCAUCCCUCCUUGCUCACCGCCCACCUCACCAGUCAAUUCCAGCAAAGAGAAACCUGUGGAUAUUGUUGUGGAAGGUUUGGAUGAGGAGCGGAGAGACCUGAUAGAGCGGCUGGUGAGGACGAUAGGCGGCUCCACCUACAGAAUCCCUCACCUAAUGAGGAUAAAGCCCAUCGAGGACUCCACCUCACCAGAGCACCAGACCAAUGGCACCAAGUGAGGGCUGGCAUGGGCGCUGCUGACGCCCUGCUGCUGCAACCACCACCGCCGCCUUGGAAGAGGGUUGUGACACAACCUUUACAUUUCCAACAUAAAACAAAAUGCAAACGUUUGAUCAUAUUGGUCAUGUUAUAAAUUAUGUAAGAUGUGUUUGAGAAAACAUUACAAGCACCAGCCUUCCUUCCUGUGAAGUGAAAACAAUUUAAAGGAAGAAAAGAAUGAAGGGAAGUAAAACAGUUUUCAUGUUAUAGUGCUCUUUGUUAAGUUGAAAAUACUAUUCAGUCAGCUUUAAAUACAAACUUCCCCUGUCAAUGUAAAUACUAAAAAUUUAGAAUGUUAGAUAGUUUCAAACAAAUGUUAAUUGUGUGAAAUGAUGUGCCUCUGUAAAAAUUCUUACAUUAAGACAGUGUGACCUGUGUGUGUGUGUGUGUGUGUGUGUGUGUGUGUGUGUGUGUGUGUGUGUGUGUGUGUGUGUGUGUGUACCUCUGCCUUACACCAUGGGCCACAGUGGUGCCCCGGGGUGUGCCGUGUGGAGUGAGGGCAGCGGCGUAGGCUGUGGGAAGUUCAAAGGACACAGCAGAGGAUCAGUAUAAUGGAAUCUUUGGGGAACAAAGCUGGGUUUGUGAUUGACUUCAUCCAAUGGACAUUGACAAGAAGAACUAGAGUGGACAUUAAGGAGGGAUGAGCAACAUUGCCGUACAACAAUCAUGUUUGUUUUAUAUUUUCUUCAUUCACCCAGCAGUCUUAUCGUCUGGGAUGGUGUUGCCAUCACACAUCCAGACUUUGCCUUUUUGCUCAUGUCCAGAUAUAUCCAGUCCAGUUUUCAGUCUUGUUCUUGUUCAUUCAGGACUUAAAUUUGCUCAUGAUUUGUUAUGAUGUUUUGCUGUGAUGAAUAAGAGUGAUCUGAAGGCAGGAGGGAUCUUUUAACCACGAGAAAAGCCCACAGAAGUGCCAGUUCUUGAACAGGAUCAAAAGAGUUUGUCAAAUGUAUGAGAUGAGUGUCUUGAAGCCUCCCUCUUAAAUAAGUUUAAGUCUUAGGAAGGUGGAAGUACAGAAGCAGGCAGGGAGUUGCAGAGUGUGGGUGGGAGGUGAUGUGCAUUAUGUUGUGGUGGUGUUGCUUAUCCUGACGAUCAUUCUUAAUAAUGACAAGUGACUUUGGACAAGUGGAGAUUUUAUCAUACUGAAAUCCUCAUCACCUGCUGUUUUAUUAUUUUUUAAUUCAGUUGGGCAUAUUGCAGAAAUAUAUUUUUUUUUAAUUUUCAUUAUUAUUAGUAUUACAUUUGCAAGCAAACUUCCCUCUGAAGAUUUGCACAAUUCACAAAUUAUUUAAUUUUAUUAUUUUUCUUCAUCAGUUUUAAUUUCCAAAUAACAUCUUCUAUGUUACUAUGCAUGUAGGGUAGGUAUUUUUAAGGACAGAAGUUUAAUUAUUGUACAUAUAUCAUUUCUGUGUUAAGGCUGAAGUUUUUAUAAUGAGCCAAAAGAUGCAGAAGUCCUUUGUGUUGGCAGGCAGUGCAGGAAUGCCCAUCAAGGUGAUCUUUGACUAAACACUGUCUUCUCCCUUUGUUACAACAUGCCAGUGCUCCUUUUUCUGCAUACUUAACCUUUCAGGGAUUUUUACAGGGAAGGUGAGAGACUCAUAUCAUAUUUUUAUUGAGCCUAUGCCAAUUCCUGCUAUCUUAGUUCCUGUUUACAGGGGAGUUUGUUGCAUCCUUUGUCUAAUCUUAGUGUUACAUCAUGUGUUGUUUGGAUUACUUUUCCCAACACUCGCCUCUGUGCUGCUGCUUCCGGGGGGGAGAUGGGGCUCCCUUGUGGUCCAGCAGUUGUGUAGUAGUUGGUAAUGCUGAGUAACUGUACUGACCCUGUGAUUGAUUUAGCAUUGCAGGCUUCAUCUGAACUCUUUCUUGGUGCUCUCACAUUAGAGCUGAGGGCAUUGUCAAUAACUUGUUGGUGGGAAAAGUGGUCCUUUUCUUCAGUACUUGCAAAAUUGCUUAGUCUUGCAUAUUACAUCUAAUUGCCGAGCUGGCCAAGAAAGAUGUGACAUGCAGAGAAUGUGUUGUGUUGCAUCACCUCACCAGCUGAGGACUGGUGACAGCUCAAGCUGACAGAGAGGCAUAUCAAUACCUUCCUCAAGGCUAACACUUCAGUGACUGCACAAGUGUCCCAACAUAGUGUGUGGUUGACACAAACAAAGACGGUUGCCUUGCCAGGUGCUGUGACACACUGAUGGGCUGAUGUGGGACUUGUUCUUGACUCUGAUGCUCACUGAAUCACAUGGCAGUGCUUCCUUUCUACAUGUUCUUGUGUUCCUUUUGACAGUCACUGUGCCCAUGAUGUGUCAAGUGCCAUGUUGCUGUGUGGCCAGGUAACUCUGACAUUAUUUUCUCCAUUGCUUAAAUAGAGCACUUUCCAAAAUGCACACAGAAAAGAAAUGGAGAGAUGCCGGUCAUCAGACCAAGCUUCCUAUUGUUGGCCAUUCUGUCGCUUCAUCAGAGACCAGACGACUAACAGAUAAUUGUAAACUGUAUGUGUUCCUAUGUGUUCAGCUUAUUACUUAACCUUCUCCCCCACCCUUAUCUCUCUCUCUCUCUCUCUCUCUCUCUCUCUCUCUCUCUCUCUCUCUCUCUCUCUC